CUCCCCUGGUCACCCCUGCUUGCUUAGCCCGAACUGCUGCUUGGCGGCUGACGGGUGUUCAACCCCAUUGUCUCUGCCACCCUCCAAAACCCUAUUUUUGUUCUCGAUUGGAAAACCUAGUUUCCUUAGAUAGGACGUUGCCAGGAGGCCAUGGAGAUUCCGUCUGAGCCGAAGCCGACGCAUUAUUUGGACUUCGCGUGCGUCACCCUGGAGGACCUAUCGCCCUCGACGUCGUCCUAUACGCUUCCACCGGUGGUCACCGCCUUCUUCGCUCCCUCCAACUCUGGAGUUCCACAGCUUCGUUUCCAGCAGUCCGAAUCCGUCGGAGACGUCUUCUGCUUUGGUCUCUGCGAUUCUCAGCUCGUUAAUAUUGGACCUUUGGAGACGUUGGUUGUAGUCGAAGAAGCAGGAAAUAGUGAUGCCAAAAAUAAUUUAUCCUUUUCAAAAGCUUUCAAGCUAGGUUUUAGAACACCUGAGCAACGGAGAGCCUUUGAUAUAGAAUUUGAACAGUGGAAGCACGGAGUGCCACAUUCACAAAAUGGUUUAUCUGCAGGACCUAUGGAAAAUGGAUCUAUAAUUUAUUCUACAAGUAAAUUUGAUAACAAAAUAGAAGCUUCUUCUGCCAAAAUGUACUUUCAUUACUAUGGUCAGUUGCUGCAUCAGCAAAAUAUGCUACAAGAUUAUGUCAGGACAGGAACCUAUUAUUCUGCAGUAAUUGAAAACUGUAUAGACUUUCAGGACCGUGUUGUAGUUGAUGUUGGUGCUGGUAGUGGCAUACUCUCACUCUUUGCUGCUCAGGCUGGUGCCAAACAUGUUUAUGCUGUAGAGGCAUCUGAAAUGGCAGAUUAUGCAAGCAGGCUGGUAGCUGGGAAUCCAUCACUUGGGGAUCGCAUUACGGUCAUCAAGGGAAAAGUUGAGGAGGUUGAACUACCUGAGAAAGCAGAUAUUCUUAUAUCAGAGCCUAUGGGCACAUUGUUAGUCAAUGAAAGGAUGUUGGAGACAUAUGUCAUUGCAAGAGAGAGAUUCCUUGUCCCUAAUGGGAAAAUGUUUCCAUCACUAGGAAGGAUUCAUGUGGCACCUUUCAGUGAUGAAUAUCUUUUUGUUGAAAUUGCAAAUAAGGCUCUUUUCUGGCAGCAACAGAACUUCUAUGGGGUUGAUUUAACUCCAUUGUACGGAUCUGCAUUUCAAGGAUAUUUCUCGCAGCCUGUCGUUGAUGCAUUUGAUCCAAGGCUUUUGGUCUCUCCACCUUCAUUCCAUACAUUGGACUUCAUUUCUAUCAAGGAGGAGGAGCUAUACGAAAUUGACAUUCCACUAAGUUUCACAGCUUCUGUAGGCACAAGAGUGCAUGGGCUGGCGUGUUGGUUUGAUGUCUUGUUCAAUGGAAGUUCUGUUCAAAGAUGGCUUACAACUGCUCCUGGUUCCCCUACCACACACUGGUAUCAGAUGCGCUGUGUGCUCUCCCAACCUAUAUAUGUCAUGGCUGGUCAAGAAAUUACUGGGAAACUCCACAUGGUAGCCCAUAGUUCUCAGAGUUAUACUAUUUAUUUGACUUUGUCAGCCAAAAUGUGGGGCGCUGGUGCGGAUCAAGGUGGAAUAUUACAAACAUCCACCGGUAAACUUGAGCUCAAGGAACCAUACUACCGGUUGUCUCAACCACUAACUUAUAUACCGCCACAAGAUCAACAGAUCCACCAACAAUUUAUAUCCACACAGGAUGGAAAUGUAACCAAUAUAGGCUUACAGCAACCACAAAAUUUGGGGAACUUAAUGAACCGGUAAAUUCAAAUCCUGAAGCAUGCUCUUUUAAGCAGGUCCCAUCUGUAUAAUAAUGUGCUUCUUUCCCAAUGUGUUUCAUUAGUCUUACAUAGCAAAUUCAUUGUCAAAAUGCUCUAUUUAUCAACAAUUUUAUCUUUCGGAAUCGUUGGUAUUUAAGUGCGUUUGUUGUAUCAUGUUUGUGUGAAACAUACGUGGGAGGCAUGGUUGCCAAGCUGUUUAUUUUUUUGUUCUAGCCAAUCCCGCCUCUCAAAUAUUAUUCAUCUUUCUUUUAAGUACCAGAAAAAAAAAAUGUAACUCUUCUUGAAUGCCUAGCUUUUAACUCCACGAUAUUUCAUCAAUGAUUGUUUUAGUUUUUGA